GGCAGAAAUGAUCGGUCUAUAGACGUCGAUUCGACGUCGGACCGGAUGGCUGACAAAUCCAUACGUGUUCAGAGAAGGAUCUUCACAUUGUUAAUAAUUUGUGGCAAUCGAAGAGAGAAGAGCUGACAUCUGCAGUAAAUUGUUAAAAUAGGUGAAGGAAUUCUUUUUUUCGUUCACUCGGAAAAGAGGAGCGAUUAUUCGACGCAAAAGCGUCGGAGUGUAUAACCGUUAAUAAAUUAAUCCGAUGAAUCGAUCGUUCUUCAACCGUGGAAGUGUCAGCUCGUGGCGAGUUAAUGCCGCGUGUAAGAACCGAUGGAUUCAACGAAGAUCAAAUCGAAGCCGAAUCCGCGGGAGAAGGCGAACAUCGUAUCGGUGUUACUUUGGUGGUGGACCAUUAAGUUAUUCAGAACAGGAUACAAGAAAGAUUUAGAAGUAGAAGACUUAUAUGAGCCUCUGAAAGCCGACCGAGCGAAGCUGCUCGGAGAUCGAUUAGAAAAACGAUGGAACAUCGAGUUGGAGAACUCGAAAAAAUGGAAACGCAGUCCGAGUCUGUUGAAGACCAUUUUCCGCACAUUCCUAUGGGAAUAUUCCAUGCUCGGAAUACUACAGAUUUUCAACGAGUUUGUGAUAAGAUUGGGCACGCCGUUACUGUUGGGCGGUUUUUUGCGCAACUAUCAGAAAGAAUCGAUAGGGUCGUACGAGGCUGCCCUGUGGUUUGGAGCCGGUAUUUGUAUCACGACCGGCUUGAACGCGAUAAGCGGUAAUCAGGCGCUCUUCGGCGCUUACCACGUGGGCGCCAAAGUUCGCGCGGCUGUCUGCUCCGUGAUAUACAGAAAGGCUCUGCGUCUGAGCACAACCGCGCUGGGCGAGACAGCACCCGGAAAAGUGGUUAAUCUAGUGGCCAACGAUGUCAAUAGGUUUGAAUUCGUCACUUACUUAAUUCAUUACAUGUGGUCGGCACCCCUCUCCGCCCUGAUCGUGGCUUAUAUUCUCUAUCGGGAGGUCAACUAUGCCGGUCUCAUCGGCAUCGCCGCGCUCUUAAUGGUCGUGCCGAUCCUAUCUUACUCCGGCAAACUGACAUCGAAGUUCCGUCUCCAGACUGCUAUCAAGACGGACGAGCGAGUCCGGCUGAUGGACGAAAUCAUUUCCGGGGUACAGGUGAUCAAGAUGUACGCGUGGGAGAAACCGUUCUGCGCCAUGGUCGAGCUGGCGCGGAAGCUCGAACUUCGAGUGGUCACCAAGAGUUCGUACAUCCGCGGCAUCUACAUGACCUUCAGUCUCUUCACAACUCGGAUGGCGCUCUACUGCACCCUCGUCGCUAUGCUGGCGUUCGGGCCUGAUAUGACCGCCGACAAGGUCUUCGUCGUAUCAGCCUACUUCAACGUCCUCGCGCACGCCAUGACCAGCAUGUUCAUUCGCGGUUUCGCCGAGUUGGCCGAGUGUAUGGUAGCCAUACGCAGGCUUCGGACCUUCCUCAUGUUCGACGAGUUCCAGGGCAGCAACGUCAUCGUCUCCAAGGCGGCCAACGCCAAUAUCAAUUCGGAUGUGAAGCGAAUCUCCAAAUCGGAUCUGCCCUACAUCGACGACGAGGACGAUGUGGAGAAUCGGCUGGUAUCACAUGGAGAGGUCUCGCAUGAGAAUAGCGACCACAGAAAUCCUAACGGUCCGAUAAUUGUUGCCAACGAUUUGUUGAAGAACACCGCUAAUUCUAUUGGAGAAAAGAAAUCCAUAUAUGGUACGAACAACUGGGCUGUUAACAUGAUUAACGUUACUGCCAAGUGGGAGGAGAAACAAUCAGAGAAUACCCUGGAGAAUCUGAAUCUGGAAAUAGAAAGGGGUAAGCUGUAUGCGGUGAUCGGCAUGGUGGGCAGCGGCAAGAGCUCGUUUCUGUCCGCGAUUCUGGGAGAGAUCAGCCUGACGGAAGGUCAGGUGAAGGUCAACGGCGAUGUCAGCUACGCCAGCCAGGAAGCCUGGGUCUUCGGUGCUACCGUCCGACAGAAUAUACUCUUCGGACAAUCCUACGAUCGCCAACGGUAUCAGAAGGUGGUCAAAGUUUGCGCUCUGUUGCGUGACUUUAAGCAGUUUCCGCAGGGUGACCAGACUAUCGUGGGUGAACGGGGCAGCUCGCUGUCCGGCGGUCAAAAGGCCAGGAUCAACUUGGCCAGGUCCUUGUACAGGCAGUCGGACAUCUAUUUGCUGGAUGAUCCUUUGAGCGCGGUGGAUGCACAUGUCAGCAAGCACCUGUUUCAAGAAUGCAUUCAGAGAUACCUGGUCGGAAAAACGAGAAUUUUGGCGACGCAUCAGCUGCAGUACAUAAAGGAAGUGGAUGCUAUUAUAUUACUCGAGCAGGGAAGAAUGAAGUACUUCUCACAUUAUCAGGAUUUAUUGGAAUAUCGACCUGAAUACGGAAUACUUGUGGCAGCUGAGAAUGAAGCAAUCGACGAUUCGUCUUUAGAAAAGAGUAUGAUCAUACGACGACAGUUUUCCUCCUCGAGUAACAGAAGUCGAACUCCAGAAGCUAGGAGAAUUUUAAACAGAUUUUCGAAGGAUGUGGGCACCAUAGACGAGUUACUGCCCAAAUCGAUGUUAGACACGCUACAGAUAUGUGUUGUAGUUUGCGGCAUAAUAAUCAUAGAAAUGAUAAUUAAUCAAUGGAUUUUGAUACCGACGGUGAUACUGGUCGUUUUAUUUUUUUUCGCAACAAAGUUCUAUCUAAAGACCGCUGAGAACGUCAGACGUCUUGAAGGCGUAACGAAGAGUCCGUUGUUUUCGCAUGUGAAUGCCACGCUGAACGGUCUGCCGACGAUCAGAAGCAGUGGGGCUGGAAUCGAGAAGAUGAU